AAAUGACAGUGCAUGCUGAAUUGACGGCAGUACAUUGGCAAAAAUUUAAAACGAAUCUGUCCGGAUGACGGUGGAUGCUCCGCAAGUUGUACGACGAUUUCACUGAAUAUAGUCGCUGUGUAUUUGACUCCGUAAGGACCCCGCUGCAUGUUCACAUAACUGGCUGCAGAACACAAUGUCUAAACCAAGGGAGAUUCUUCUUCGGAUUCAGUCUCCAGAAGGCGUCAAGCGCAUUGAAAUAACCCAAACUGCAACAUUACGUGAUUUAUAUGAGGCCGUGUUCAAAGCCUUUGGACUGAACGAUUAUGGAUUUGCCAUUUUCAAGGAACGCAACUUCACAAAAGAGCUGGCAUCGAGUCGUUCUCAAACAGUUUCAGUGUGCAAUCUCAAACAUGGUGACAUGCUUUAUAUGAAGUUCAUUUCCGGUUCAUCUCAAAAAUCGAGCGCUGCAUUGCCAGAUGCUAUUUCCGACCAACCAAAACAAAUAGCAAUAAGCCAAUCUUCGACGGACUUAAAGCAAAAUUAUAAAAAUAAUGAAUUAGAGGAAGAUGAAGUGGAUCUAAUUUUGUCUAAAAUGGAUGGGCGAAUUCAGCGUAGCCGUGAUAACAAAUUAUGUCGUCAUAAUUCAAAUGGAUGUUGUGUUCAUUGCUCAGCCCUUGAACCAUAUGACGAAAACUAUUUGAAAGAGCAUAACAUAAAGCACUUAUCCUUUCAUUCGUACUUAAGAAAACAAAUGUCAGGAAUCGAUCGUGGAAAGUAUGUGGCAUUUGAAGACAUAAAUUGUCGAAUAAAGAGUGGCUGUAGAGAUCACCCGCCUUGGCCCAAAGGUAUUUGCUCCAAGUGUCAGCCGUCUGCAAUCACAUUGAAUAGACAAAUUUAUCGGCAUGUGGACAACGUCAUGUUUGAAAAUGCAUCACUGGUUGAUCGAUUUCUUAAUUACUGGCGAGUAACAGGCCACCAAAGGUUGGGAUUCUUAUUUGGAACUUAUGAAGUCUAUCCUGAUGUUCCCUUGGGCAUUCGUGCUCGAGUUGCAGCUAUUUAUGAACCGCCACAAGAAAGCACUCGUGAUUCGAUUAAACUUCUAGAUGAUGAGCAUGAAGCUGAGGUCGAUGCCUUGGCAAGAGCUUUAGGCUUGAAAAGAGUUGGAUGGAUUUUUACCGAUUUAAUAGGCGAAGAAGAUUCUUCAGGCAACGUAAAACACGUCAGAGGAAUUGAAACACAUUUCCUAACAGCACAAGAAUGUAUAAUGGCUGGAUAUUUGCAAAAUAAAUAUCCAAAUGUCUGUAAGCAGUCGCCAAGAGGGAUUUUGGGAUCGAAAUUCGUUACUGUCUGCGUCACAGGAGAUGCUGAAAAACAGAUCAAAAUGGAAGGAUAUUCAGUAUCCGCACAAUGUAUGGCGUUGGUAAGAGAUAAUUGCUUAGUUCCAACAAAAGAUGUUCCAGAGUUAGGAUAUGUUCGUGAAUCAACUGAUAAGCAAUUCGUUCCUGAUGUUUAUUAUAAGGAAAAGGACCAAUAUGGGAAUGAAGUUCAACGCCUAGCCCGUCCUCUACCUGUUGAAUAUCUCCUAGUGGAAGUGCCUGCCACUACUCCUGUAACGCCUGUCUACACAUUCACAGCGAGCAAUGUUAACGAAUCAUUUCCAAUUGAGAAUCGAUACUUGGAAGGUCAUUUACAAGAUUUCGGAGCUCUUAGCGCAUAUUUAUCACGUUGGGACGCGAAUGACUUCCUUGAUGCUAUAUCCGAUUUCCAUCUUCUAAUUUAUCUCUAUAAAAUGGAUGUAGUGCCCAUAAAGGAACACAUGAAAACUCUCAUAGAUGCCGUUCGAACAAAAAAUAAAGAGCUGGCAUAUCAAUUUAAAUCUGAAGAAAAUUGGAGAACUCUGGAAACAUUAAUUGCCGCCAGUUCCAGUGGAUCAAGUGGAUUGGAAACGAACGCAACUGCCAGCGCCCCAACCUCCGCCACUUGGACUUGUAAGCAUUGCACUUUCAUUAAUCGCAGUGAAUUGAGUACUUGCGAAAUGUGCAGUUUACCGAGAUAAAGUCGUCAAUGAAAUUCUUUCGUACCAUCUAUCCGUGAACAAUGUGAAGAUUUUUUAUUUUCUUUUUAAUGAAUACAAUAAAAAUUAUAUUUUUUCUUUUGAGUAUUCUGCACUUCUGCUUGUAUUAUGUUGAUGAAGCUAAAAAAUCUUGUGGGAAAUUUAAGACAAUUGAGUAUUGAUUGUAAAAUAUUACUGUACUCAUAAUUAUUAUUUAAAUGGAAUAAAAACAGUGAAAUGACAAGAAUGUCGAAA